GCGGGGGCGGGCUCGGCUCCGGCGGGCGGCCGGGGCCGGGCCUGGGCGGGGUCCCGGGCGGUGGCAGGAAGCCGGAAGCAGCCGCGGCCCCGGCUUGGGAGACAUGGCAGGCGUUAAAGCUCUGGUGGCGUUAUCCUUCAGCGGCGCCAUCGGACUGACUUUCCUGAUGCUGGGAUGUGCCCUCGAGGACUACGGUGUUUACUGGCCGCUGUUCGUCCUGGUGUUCCACGCCAUCUCCCCCAUUCCCUACUUCAUCGCCAAAAGAGCCACGUACGACUCUGACGCCACCAGCAGCGCCUGUCGGGAACUGGCCUAUUUCUUCACCACCGGGAUCGUCGUUUCUGCCUUUGGAUUUCCCAUCAUUCUUGCCCGGGUGGCUGUGAUCAAGUGGGGCGCCUGCGGCCUGGUGCUCGCGGGCAACGCCGUCAUCUUCCUGACGAUCCAAGGCUUCUUCCUCAUCUUUGGGAGAGAGGAUGACUUUAGCUGGGAGCAGUGGUAGCGUUUUAUGUGGACAAGAUGCUUUUUACCUUCUUAGCGUCGUGCCAGAUGUGUCUGUGCAGCGAUGGCAUUUUUUUAUGGCAUUUAAUAUGCUGGUUCUUUUAUACCUUUGUAUCACGCUCACUGCGAAGAGGACUCUGGAGAAAGACGCGGCGCCUCCCCCCCUCACAGCUCCUAGCCGUGUCCCCGCGUGCAGGCGGGCGCCUGUGAUGUGUGGGGAUGUCACUCGCUGGCCCGGCGCUGGGACACCCCAUGCGCACACCUGCCUGCCGCCUUGUCCAGGCUCCACGCAGGACCUCGAGAGCCACCACCCCCGCCGGACAGGUCACACUCCUGCUGGGGCUUCCGAGGAUGCUUGUGGCCCCGAAAGACCCCGGCGGCUCCGGCGUGCUGGUGACCUCGCCUCUCGCCGUGUGUGUGGCCCGUGAACCAAGACCGGCCGCCUCGUUCCCAGGAGCUGCUGGGAAACACAGCCUCGGAGGCCCCCCGCUGAGAGGGGCCUUCGGGGGAGACCCGGAGUGAGGGGCGCCAGCACACCACGGAUGUCACUCCCACCUCUUGCCCUUCCCCAGGGCUGGACCUCGCAGCCACUUGCGCCUUGGAGGACCAUUUGUAAAAGCUGCUUCUCCUGUCCCCCCGGGCACCCUCACUCCUCUCUCGGUGUGACACGGCCAGCCACACGCGGUAGGUAGGGUCCAGACACACGAGGUCGGGUCGGGCCACGUGGGGCGGGGUCUAGACGUGCGGCAGGGUCCGGCCACACACGGUAGGUUUGAGACACACACGGUAGGUUCCAGACACACGCUGUGGGGUCUGGCCACACAUGGAAGGGUCCAGACACACAGCACAGGGUCCGGCCGCAUGCCGUAGGGUCUGCCCACACGGUAGGGUCUAGACACACGCUGUAGGGGCCAGGCACAUGCGGUAGGUUCUGGCCACACACUGUAGGUCCGAGACACACGCCAUAGGAUCCGGCCACACACGUUAAGGUCUGGCUACACACCCUAGGUUCAAGACACACGUGGUAGGGUCUGGCCACACUCGGUUCCAGCCACACACUGUCGGUUCCAUUGACAUAGGAGGUAACGGCGAUACCCUCACACCUGCUGGGGUUCUUGUUUACCCAGGGUUGGGGUGAGGGUCUGAACCCCCUGGCAUGCUGCAGGGAGGGGGGCGCAGACUAGGGCAGGACAGAGGUUCUGCCAGCGUCUGGGUCUUCAUCUGACCCUCCCCCAGCUCCUCCGCCCCCACCUCCCCUCCCCCCUCCCCGCUACACACACUCCCCAGGAGUCCCCUGGCUGCGCCUCUUCUUUCUGUGGUCUAGUGAGCCCAGGCCGAGCUGCUGGACUUUCCUCGCCGUGGUGAUGAUGUCUUCAGCAUCUUCCUUGCCCUGUCAGACUUUUAUUAUUUUUCAAAAUACAUUUGUAACUUUGUAUCUGCUUAAAGGAGUCUGUGGGAAAACAGACAGCAACAAUCCUUUUUUUACAGUUUCGUGUUUGUUUUUCUUCCCUCGCCUUGACUUUGGGUCCAGCCCCUAUUGAGAAGGAAAUACAGGAAGCCCCGGAGUCAAACAUUUUUGAGUGAUGCGAGCAGCGUUCCUGGCACCAGUUGGGAACACAGAAGUUGAGGGGUUGUGACCCAGGUAAUGGGGUGACCCGGGACCAGCAGACAGAGGCCUAAAGGAAUGUGCAGAGUUAUCUGUAGGCUGUGUUUGGGAUUUGGGAUUUUUUUAUUUUGGUUUUGUUUGUUUGUGUGUUUGCUUUUGGGGCCACAUCCGGCGAUGCUCAGGGGUUACUCCUGGUUCUGCACUCAGGGAUCACUCCUGGUGGGCUCGAAGGACCAUAUGGGAUGCCGGAGAUUGAAACUGGGUCGGCUACAUACAAGGCAAAUACCCUCCCGAUGUACUAUCGCUCUGGACCUGUGAUUGUCUUUUUAUCUUGUCCCUGUGUGCCUGUAGGAUUAAUUGUUCCAGUUGUGACUCCCAUUAUUUAUAUGAGAAACAAGAUACAGACACUAUAACUUUAACCAGCAUUUUAAAAAAUAACACCUGUAUUUACUGCGUAAUAAUAAAUUUCACUUCUAACACCAAAGUUUAACCUUAAACGUCUCUAUUCUGCUGGAAUCUUGCUUGAAAGAUUGCCCAAAAAGUGAGAAUUUAAUGGUAUUCUGAAACGGGCAGUUUGGAGCCAUAGAAAGUGGACAGGAAACCGUAAAAUCCUAUUUCCCUUGAUAGUUGACUUGUAAUAGCUUUUCUUUCCGUAAGAUGGCAGUAGUGAUCAACAUAUACACCCUUUUGGAAAAAAGGAAAAAGGGGAAAAGAUGGCCUUUGUUAUAUAGACACUUGAAAUAACCAAAGUAGCCUUAAUAUCUGAGUAGCCUUAAAGCACUCCCUCUUGAUUGUAUUUCCAGAGUAGGGUAAAGUACCCACAUAGAGUGUUUAUAGCUGGUCCCUACUGAUGGAAUGGCAUGAUGGGUGAUUGGAUUCCUGUGUAUCUGAGCACAGAUGUUAACUCCGCACUGCCUCCGCAGCCUACAGUAAUGAAUAUCCACACGGAGGGAGGAUCUUUGUGAACCUACACUACAGAAGGUUUGUCAUGGUAACGCAAGUGCUGGACAAUUUUUUUUUUCCUUUGAGAAAGUUCUUCUGUCCCACAUAAUAUAUUUUGGUGAUUCCAAGCAUAGCGACUGCCUGGGGAAAUUGAGAACACGCUUAGUUUAGCGAGCCACUUACCUUAUGAAGGGGUUUGAGUGCACCCCAACGUUUUACUUCUUACGGGCAGGUUGGAAACGUUCUAGGUUAGCAACAUCAGGCGUUGCUGGUCGCACUCCCAGCUCCAGGUCAUGUCCGAGAAGCCGACUGAGCCCUCCCACCACUGACCAGUGAUGGUCCAGGCACCUGUUCACGUUAGGGUCUUGGAAACUGAGUCAUGAGAACAGUUGGGAGAGAAAAAAGUGCAAGUUUCUCCCUUUUUUCCCCCCAAGAACAAGGUUUUGGUGUUUUAUAACUGGGGGCUACAGCUGGCAGUGCUCAGAGGUCGCUCUUGCCUGUGCCGGGGGCACCACGUGGUGCCUGGGAUGGAACCAGGGCCUCUCACAUGUGUGUGCUCAGGCCUUUGGGCUAGGUCCGGCUUCCCUUUCAGCAAUCCUCUGAUCUGACAAGUUCGCGUGCAGACUGACACACUCCGCGAGGCUGGCUUGUCUUUCUUCUGGCCGAGCAUCCAGACUUCAGUUCUCAAAUCCCCCACCUCUUCCCU